AUGUACUAUUUUUAUUUUUCAAUUUUUAAUAUUUUUAUUUUGGUUUUUAUUAAAAGAUAUGAUGCACAAUUUACAAUAUCACGAACUCCAGGCUCCAAACCUUUACAUUUACGUAUUCAACUACCUCCUACCUCUUCAGACAGUAUAUCAUUUAUUGCACCUUUUCCCAAUGAAAAUUGCUUAACUAACAACCUAAUUGAUAAUCGAAUUUUUCUCGAUUUUCAUGGAUGUCGUGUAAGUCUGGAUUGGUCUGAAACUCUGUUUGGAACCACCAAUUAUUUUAAAAGUUUGAGACGACAAAAAAGGAGAUGGCGUGUUGGACCUGUUCAAAAAUUAAAAAUGGGCUCAGCUAUUGCCCAUUACGGUAAUGAUAUGCACAUUGAUAUGGAUUCGACAGGUCUAACAGCCUCUUCAAUCGCUCCAAAUGGCAUUCAAGUUGGUCCUCGACAGCACAAAAAAUUUAAAUGUUUGUUGGGUAUUUCGGCAACUAGAAUAUUAGAGUUUGACUUAUUCAUCCCACAAGGAACUGCAAAAUGUAGCAGUUUGUCUAUUCAAUUUGUAAGGGGUUUUAAAUAA